AUGAAGUUACCAUCGGAUUUCAAUCUCCUUUACUCGCCGUUCAGUAUAUCCACAACAAUAGCUAUGGGUCGUUUGGGAUCCAGAGCAGAAACACUCACAUCUGAAGAGACGAGAGAGAAAAUAAAUUCCUGGGUCAGUCGGCACACGGAACACAAAAUUCAAGGCCUCAUUCCAAAAGGUGCACUGAACAGCCUUACAUUCAUGGUUCAAGUAAACGCCAAUUACUUCAACGACUGGAAGAAUCGGUUUGAAGCUAACGUCACUCGAGUGAUUAAAUUUGGGAACGGCAAAGGGAUCUUUAUGACAAACAUGAUUAUGAGGAUACAAAAUAUUUAUCUUUGCGAGGUCUUCCACAAAGCUUUUCUCGAGUUGAAUGAGAAGGGUACAGAGGCUUCAGCGGGUACAGGAGCAUACACUACAUUAAUUGAGACAAUAUCAGUUUGAGAAAAAGCAAAAACCUCCAUACAAUAGCGGUGUUUGUCGAACUCUCAAUCUUGUAUUGCUGAUAGCUAUGGGAUUGAUCAC